AUGUCUGUAUUUCUCAGUAACUUAUCAACAAAUGACUCUAGCCUGUGGAAAGAAAAUCAUAAUUCGACAGAUCUUUUAAAUCCGCCAGGAACCGUGAAUAUCUAUCUUUUUUGCCUGACAGGCUUAAUGACUCUCGCAGCCCUGGCAGGCAGCAUUUAUUCACUAGUUUCCCUAAUGAAAACGCGGAACAGAACUGUUGUGUCCAUGCUUGUGGCUUCCUGGUCUGGGGAUGAUCUCAUGAGCGUCUUGUCGGUGACCAUCUUCAUGUUUUUGCAGUGGCCAAAUGAGGUCUCUGACUACUUCCAGUCUCUGUGCACCACCUCUGCCUUACUAUAUUUAUGCCAGGGCCUCUCGAGCAACUUGAAGGCGACUCUCUUAGUCUCCUACAACUUUUACACGAUGCACAGGGCUGUGGGGAGCCAGGCAGCCUCCAGAAGAUCCGGCCAGGUGCUCGGCGUGGCGCUGACGGUGUGGGCAGCCAGUCUGCUGCUCUCCGCGCUUCCUCUGUGCGGCUGGGGCGCCUUUGUACGCACGCCUUGGGGCUGCCUGGCCGACUGCUCCAGCUCCUACGUGCUGCUACUUUUCGCUGUGUACACUUCGGCCUUCGGACUCCUCGCCGGCCUCUCGGUCCCCCUCACUCACCAGUUGCUGUGUUCGGAGGAGCCGCCAAGACUCCACGCCAACUACCAGGAAAUUUCCCGCGGAGCUUCCACUCCAGGGACCCCUUCAACGCGGGGGAGAGUGCUUUCCCUGUCCCCAGAUGAUGCUCCGGGCCCGGCCCUGCGGUGCUCUGGAGGAUGCUCCCCGAGCUCGGACACCGUGUUUGGACCGGGUCUGCCCGCGAGGGUAGGGCUGGGGCAGGGGCCGGGGCGCGGUGCUACCGCUGUGGCUGGAGCCUGCAGGCGUGAGGACCGGGGGACUCUCUAUGGCACCAGGAGCUUCACCGUGAGCGUAGCGCAGAAGCGCUUUUCUUUGAUCUUAGCGAUGACAAAAGUCACCCUUUGGCUGCCCAUGAUGAUCCACAUGGUGGUCCAGCACGUCGUGGGGUUUCAGAGCCUUCCCUUUGAGACGCUCAGCUUUCUGCUAACCCUCCUGGCCACCACUGUAACUCCAGUGUUUGUCUUGUCCAAACACUGGACACACUUGCCCUGUGGCUGCAUCAUCAACUGCAAGCAGAACACAUAUGCAGUGACGUCUGAUGGGAAAAAACCCAAGAGGAGAUGCUUUGAAUUCAAUCUAUCAUUUCAACGAAGUUAUGGAAUUUAUAAAAUAGCACAUGAAGAUUACUAUGAUGAUGAUGAAAAUUCAAUAUCCUAUCACAAUCUCAUGAACUAUGAGUGCAAAACUACAAAAGACUCUCAGAGAGACUCUCAUAAUGUAUUCAAUGCCAUAAAGGUGGAAAUCAGCACCACGCCCUCUCUGGACAGCUCCACACUAAAAGGCAUCAACAAAUGCACAAACACUGAUAUUAUAGAUGCUAAACAGGAUUCCCACAAUGAAAAGGGUGUUGAUCCACUGCUCUCUGAAAAAACAGAAGGUGAUAUUAAAUAUGAUGAAACCACCCUUUUGGAAGGGCCAGAAAGAAGACUUUCUCAUGAGGAGAGUCAGAAACCAGACCUUUCAGACUGGGAAUGGUGUAGGAGUAAAUCAGAAAGAACCCCUCGUCAGCGUUCCGGUGGUGCCCUGGCCAUUCCCCUGUGUGCAUUCCAGGGGACCGUGUCUCUCCAAGCCCCAACCGGGAAAACCCUAUCUCUUUCUACCUAUGAGGUGAGCACAGAAGGACAAAAAAUUACCCCAGCCUCUAAGAAAAUUGAAGUCUAUCGAUCCAAAAGUGUUGGCCAUGAACCAAACUCAGAAGAUUCUCCCUCCACAUUUGCGGACACCAGUGUGAAAAUACACUUGGAGGUUCUUGAAAUUUGUGAUAAUGAAGAGGCCUUGGACACGGUGUCAAUUAUUAGCAACAUCAGCCAGUCCUCCACACAGAUCAGAUCUCCUUCCCUACGCUACUCACGGAAAGAAAACAGAUUUGUUUCAUGUGAUUUAGGGGAAACAGCCUCAUAUUCUCUCUUUUUACCCACAAGUAAUCCUGAUGGUGAUAUCAACAUCUCCAUUCCAGACACUGUUGAAGCACACAGGCAGAACAGUAAAAGGCAGAGCCAAGAGAGGGAUGGCUACCAGGAGGAAAUCCAGUUGUUAAAUAAAGCUUAUAGGAGAAGAGAAGAAGAAAGCAAGGAUAACUAG